AUGGCUCCUCCCAAACCACCCCAACCCACACCUCAAGAGAUUAUUGAACAAGCUGUUCAAACCUCUAACACACAGCUGGCUAAUGCAGUAGAUCAGAUUCAUUCAGAUCUGGAUGAUAGGUUUGUUUUUGUGCAGUCAGAUCUGGAUAAAACACACCAGAAUCUGCAGGAAAUCACCACCAAAAUGGACAAUGACCGGCAGAUCUCAGACUCGCGAUAUGACUCUAUUAUGUCAACACUACAAAAGCUGCUGCUACAGCAACCUGCUGCCACUACAGCCGCCACCAACCCUACAUCCUCAGGUAUGAAAACUGUACUCUCCCCUAUUCCUACACUAGCCUCACCCCUGUCCGGCAUUGCGUCCACUUCCACAACCCCUCCCCGCACCACCACAACCAUCCCCUUUUCGUUGGGAACCUCACAAAUUCCGUGGGGAACCUCCCAAAUUCCUUCUUUCACGUAUAACCCUCACAAUCAUGUUUCCACUGCCUUCACUCCUUACACUUUUAUUCCAACCAGCCUACCCCCACCUUCCCCUUAUAAUAUUCCUUUUCCAAACCCCCAUACUUACUCACCACCAACAAAUCUGCCACCUUUACCCCCAUUUCGCUCUCCCAAACUAGAACUUUCUUUGUUUGAUGGGUCAAAUCCCUUAGAGUGGCUAUUCCAAGCAGAUCAGUUUUUUGGAUUUUAUAAUAUGCCCCCGGAAAAUCGAUUGUCUAUGAUGUCUUUUUAUAUGAAGGGUGAUGCUCUUGGUUGGUUUAAAUGGAUGCAUCAUAAUCGCUUACUUACUGAUUGGGCUUCUUUUACUAGAGCAUUAGAAUUAAGAUUUGGGCCUUCUACUUUUGCAAAUCACCAAGCAGAAUUAUUUAAGCUUAAACAAACUAAUUCUGUUGUGGAAUAUCAAGCAGCUUUUGAAAAAUUGGGCAACCAAGUUGUUGGGUUAUCACAUGAUGCAAUACUGAAUUGUUUUAUCUCAGGCCUUAUUCCAGAAAUCCAGAAUGAAAUUGCUAUACACAAACCCACAUCCAUUUCUCAGGCUAUUGGGCUUUCUAAACUCAUUGAAUCUAAACUAAGAGAGUCCAAACCAAAAUAUAACAAGCCUUUUCCCGACCCAUUUCCUAAACCGCCUACCCAACCAACCCCACCUAUUCCAUCUACACCCCCCAAAACCAAUACCACCAUUCAGCCCAACAAAUUUCCCAUUCGACGCCUAUCAAAUGCCCAACUUCAAGAGCGUCGCGCCCAAGGCUUAUGUUUUAAUUGCGAUGAGAAAUUCAUCGCCGGUCAUAAGUGCUCUGCUGGAAAAUUCCUUUUAUUACUGGUGGAUGAGGACGAAAUACUGCAACAAGACACUAGUUUACAUGAGUCUGAACAUGAGUCUAAACCAGUUUUCCACUCAGAACAGGAAGAAACCUAUUUCCAGCUAUCACCCCAAGCUGCUUGUGGACACCUAUCUCCCAAAACCCUCAAAUUUCGUGGCAGUAUUUUUGGCUUACCAGUCACUGUUUUAAUUGAUACAGGGAGUACACAUAACAUCCUCCAACCUCGUAUUGCCCACCACCUAAAACUCCAAACUACCCCUAUCCCUAACUUUUCGGUUAUGGUAGGUAACGGUUCUAAAUUAAACUGUUCAGGACUUUGCCAACAAGUUCCUCUCACCCUCCAAGACAACUUGUUCACUAUUUCGUUCCACUUACUUCCUAUAGAGGGGGCAGAUAUCGUUCUUGGGAUGGAAUGGUUGCGUACUCUUGGUCCACUCAUGGCUGACUUUUCAAUUCCAAAGCUCUCCUUCACUUACAAUGACAACGACAUCACCAUUACAGGUGACUCUAAAACACUACCCACACCCUCUUCAUUUCAUCAAAUCUGCCAUCUCCUCCACAAUGAUUCAAUAGCAUCCUUACACCUUUUGAUUUGCCAACCCACCCCUGCCCAAGAUACCCUCCCUUCUCCCUCAAAUCCAGACCUCUUUGACUCUUUACCUUCGUCCCUUUCCCCCCAAAUCACCACUCUUCUCAAAUCCUUUCCAAAAGUCUUUCACAAACCUCACGGAUUACCACCAUCACGCCCUCAUGACCAUCACAUCCCUCUUUUACCUAAUACCACCCCUGUCAACGUAAAACCUUACAGAUACCCCCAUUCCCAAAAAGAUGCUAUGACAGUUUUAAUUCAAGACAUGCUUGCUGAGGGAAUAAUUAAGCCCAGCCAAAGUCCCUACUCUUCCCCAGUUCUAUUGGUUCGAAAAAAAGAUGGCAGCUGGCGAUUUUGCGUUGACUACAGAGCACUAAACGCUGUUACCGUUAGAGACCGUUUUCCUAUCCCGACCAUAGAUGAAAUCUUUGAUGAACUAGGAUCAGCAACUAUUUUUUCCAAGAUCGAUCUUCGAUCUGGUUAUCAUCAAAUUAGGGUUACACCGGCGGAUACACACAAGACAGCUUUUCGCACGUUUGAUGGACACUAUGAGUUUUUGGUGAUGCCCUUUGGGCUAACUAAUGCUCCUAGCUCUUUUCAAUCGGCUAUGAACGACCUACUACGGCCGUUCCUACGACGGUUUGUUUUAGUUUUUUUUGACGACAUUUUGAUCUAUAGUUCUUGUUUAACUGACCAUGCCCAUCAUUUAUCUUUAAUUCUCAAUUUACUAUCAGUUAACCAAUUUUAUGCAAAAUUAUCCAAAUGUGUUUUCGCUGUUCCUAGUGUUGAUUAUCUAGGUCAUAUCAUUUCAAGUAAUGGUGUCACCCCUGAUCCUACAAAAAUUCAAGCAAUCAUGGAUUGGCCUCGACCACGUUCUCUCACGACUCUCAGGGGCUUCCUCGGACUCACCGGUUUCUAUAGACGCUUUGUGCGCCACUACGCCUCUCUCGCCGCUCCUCUCACCGAUUUAUUAAGACAUUCAAAGUUUACAUGGAAUGAAUCUGCCGAAGCAGCAUUUACAAAUCUAAAGCAUAAAAUUGUUGAGAAUCAAGUGUGA